AAGAUAGUUAUAUAUGAAAAUACCCAUUUCUUGUUCAGUGUGUGAAUCAUAUUUGGUACACUUAGACACCGAAGCUCCAUAUUAUAAACUUCACAAUGUCAACAAAUAGCGAAAAGGACUUCUAUAAUUUGACUAUCAGUGUAAAUAAGGCUUUGAAUGGAAUCGAAGCUCCAUUAAAAACGAAGCAUGCACGAUCUGUCAUCAUUAUGAUCCACAAAGCGAAAGAAGCUAAAUCAUUUUGGAGGGUAGUGUCCCGCCAACCCCUUAUGGAGAGUAGAUUCACGGCAUGGAAAUUUUGUCACUUACUGCACAAAGUCUUAAGGGAAGCACAUCCAUGUGCGUUGCAACAUUCCCAAAGCCAAAAAACAAUGAUUCUGGAGAUAGGCAAACUUUGGGGUCAUUUACAAGACGAUAUUGGAUAUUGUAUAAAAGCAUAUACCAAGCUCCUCGUUACUAAAUUGAGCUUUCAUGAAAAGAAUCGUAUGUAUCCUGGAUCAUUACUGAUUGCAUUCGCCGACAUCGAAAAAGUUGCAGAAGGAGACAUCAAUUUUCACUUCCAGCUGUGUGUAGAGAUUUUUGACUACUUGGAUGAUAUAAUUGCACUACAAUUGACAAUAUUUUCUUCUAUUAAUACGUAUCGGAUGUCCUCCAUGACGCAGCAAGGACAAUGCAGAUUGGCUCCAUUGAUUUGCCUUAUACAGGAUUCCAACGCACUUUAUGAUAUAAGUGUGCGACUAAUGUUUAAGCUGCAUGAUGUAUUGCCUAAAGAUGUGUUAAAUGGUCAUCGAGAUAGAUUCAAUGAUAUAUUUGUUAAGUUGAAGUGUUUUUAUGAAAAUGUUCGGCCACUGCAAUAUUUUGCAGAUCUGAUCAAAGUUCCAUUAUUGCCGGAGUGUCCAAACUUUAGAUCCCAUACUAUCCAAACUUAUGUAGCACCAGUUUUAGUUGUGCAACCAGAGCCAAUCGUCGAUGAUCUUGUAAAUACUAACUUUGAUAAUUCCUCUGAACUGGAUGGAAUUGUAGUUCAACGUGUGGAAACGUUGGAAAAUAUUAUAAGUGAUAAAGAAGAAAUUAUAGAACAGCUUAAAAGUAAACUAGAUAUUUUUAAAACAAAAUAUGACGAGCUUGAAGUAAAUUAUAGCCGUGAUAUAUCUGAACUUCAGAGAAAUAACACGGCUUUAAGUAACGAACUCGCAUCGACGAACGAAAUGUGUUCGAGUAUGCGGUUGGCAAAAGAUGAACUGGAACUGCAAUUAUCAAAUACCCCUACAUUAAAUCAAAAGGUUUUGGAGGAUGAAGAAAAGUUAAAACUAUCUGCUGAAAAGUUUGACAAACUAAAAACAAUGUAUACUCAAAUCCGAGAUGAGCAUAUUAAUUUGUUACGGCAGCAAAGCGAUUCAUCAAAAAGGUUAACUAAAGAAAAACAAACCAAUUCAGAAUUGAUGUUGGAGAUUAAGUCACUUAACCAUGACAUGUCAGAGCUCAAAGGACACAUUGAUGAGUUGACAGAGAAUAACUCAAAUCUUUUAAAAAGAAUUGAUGAGCAAAGUGAACACUUUAUUAAAUUUGAGUCACUUCAAAAAGACUUGAGGACAAAUUUUGAAGAAACUAUACAAAAGAAGGAUGAAGAAAAUAUUUCUUUACAUUCUACUGUUCAACAACUAAAGGCGAAGGAAAUUGAACUUGAAAAUCAUAAAUCACAGCUUCAGACCACUGUGGAGAAACUAACCCAAGCGGAAGACAUAAUCAAAGCUAAGGACGAAGAAAUUCAAAAAAAUUUGGCUCACUAUGAAAAAGAGGCGAAAACCCGUUCAGUAACAUUUGAAGAAAAUGAAAAAAUGUAUCAAAAUGAUUGCCACAAUUUACGUUCAAAUUUGGAAGAAUUACAAAACAAAUUAAUGCAAAGUGAGCAGUCUUCUGAGGAACUAAAGCAACGUAUAACAUCCCUUCAUCAAGAAAAAGAAGAGACUGGACAAAAAUAUUUAGACCUAGAGAAGCAAGUCCAUAUACAUAAGGGGGAGCUAAACAAUGUAAUUAAGGAAGCUAAUGUGCUGAAAGACUCCAAUAAAAAAUGUCUCGAGGAUACUCAAGAGCUCAGGCAACUAAUUAUUAAAACUAUUGAAGAGAUAUGCGCUUCCAAACUUCAGGAUUCCACACAGCAACCACUGGAAGUAAUUCCGAAAAUAAUUCUGGAAACGGAAUCUUUACUUGAUAAAACGGUAUCUUCAUCCCAAGCGUCGGCCGCCCUUUCCAUAUACAAAAUAAAAGAUAUCAUUAAUUUGGGAUACACCUUUGUAAAACUGUAUGAUCAAUGCGAUUUAAUAUACAAAUCAACUACAGAAAUUGAAAAAGGACAAAAUAUUUUCAGCCAAAUAAGAUCAAUUUGCACGCAAUUCUUGCGACUUUUUCAAAAUCUGCAAAAUGAGAAAACAAAUCAACAAACUGAUGAAAUUGUAAAUGAAAUAAAAAUAAAUUUGAACACUCUUAAGAAAUUGGUUCAAGAAUUAUUGGACACUUACGACAAUAAAGUUGAUCUGGACAAAUUGGUCCAGAUUGAGCUAAAGGAAAUGGAUGUUGCUAUAGAAGCAGCUGCAAGCCAAAUUAUGGAGCUACUGUCAAGUGCUCGCAAAAAGCACAACGGAAUAAAGUUGGAAGUUAAUGAGAAGAUCUUAGACGCCUGUACUACAUUGAUGGAAUGCAUAAAAGUUCUAAUUGUGAAAUCGCGUAUUCUUCAGCAAGAAAUAAUUUCGUCUCGAAAAGGAAACGCUACUGUGAACGAGUUCUAUAAACGAAAUAGUCAAUGGUCCGAAGGCUUGAUUUCUGCAUCUAAAAGUGUUGCAAAAGCUGCAAAUUAUCUAGUUAAAGCAGCCAAUAAUGCUGUUGUAAGCGAAUCUGGACAAAACUUUGAGCUAAUAGUCGCUGCCCAGGAAAUUGCUGCUUGCACUGCCCAAUUAGUUAUUGCGAGUAAAGUGAAAGCGAACGGCGAAAGUAAAAGUCUAACCGAUUUAACUGAUGCGUCUAGGAGCGUAACUAAGGCAACUGGUACUGUCGUUGCCACCGUCAAAGAUUGCAACGUCCAAUUGGAGCAAGCGACGGAUGUUGAAUUUUGUAAACUGACACCAUCCCAAAUUAAAACCAUGGAAAUGGAAAUACACGUAAAGGUAUUACAACUGGAACAAGCACUUCAAACACAACGAUUUAAGCUGUCAGCAUUCCGCAGGGAGCAUUACCAAACCACAGAGUAUUAAAAUGCUAUUCAAAGAAAAGAACAUUGCACAUUUUAAGUAGUUAACUUGUUUUUUAAAGUUUAUACGCAUAUGUAUGUUGGAAACAUAAACAUAAACAACUCUACGUUAACCCCAAUAUGUACCCACCCGCAAGUACCUGUCUAAAACCUACAUUAUUGGUGGUUUUUAUAUUUUACAUCAUAUUGUUUUGGGUUCGUAAAUAAAAUACAAAUUAUGCAACUGAA